AUAAAAUUGUAUUACAUAUUGAAAAUGAUAAUAGGCUAUCUAAUUCUCUUACAAUACUAAAAGAACAAAUAUCGGGUGAUAGUAUAGCUAUUUCAGAUGAAUUUGAAUUACAAGAUCUUCUUCAAUUUUAUAAUUUAAGAAAUAUUAUUAACCAAGAAGAAGCCUUUGGUUAUGAAUCAUUCUCUGGUAUAUUUUUUGAUCUAAAAUUAAAAAAUGCUAUAUUACAACCUAAUAUUCAAAACCUUUUAGUGAAUUCUAUAAUGUAG